AUGAGGUUAAAGGGACCCUUGAAGACUUUCAAAAUGUACGAAAGAGAUCUCAGAAGCCUGAAAACCAUGAUCAUAGACGGAAGUAUACCCAUCGAUGCAGACCUUUUCCUUAGUAAAUUGGUGCGAAAAGACCUUAUUACAGAAGUGCAGGAAAUUGAACUGAAUGCAAGGAGAACCCGCAGGGCGAAGAUCGACGGAGCUUUUAACAUACUCUUUAAAAGAGAUCCCCUACCGACGUGCAUCACCCUUCAAGAGAUUCUGAAAGAAAUACAUGGGGAUGGCAUCCAACAUCAGGUACUGAUUGAACCUCUUGGAAUCAACAUACAGAAGAGCUCUCAGCAUGAUGACCCUCCCUUUAAAGCGGGUCUGAUUCAGAGGGGGAGAUCCUCUUCCCUCCGGGAAUUCCAAUCUGAGAGGGAGAUGACCACGGAAGUGAAAGCUUUGACCAUCGCCAAGCAAGCCAUGAAGAACCAUGACCACUAUACUGGUUACAAACAGAGAACAGCGGGGCUUCCGUUGAGGGAUACGAAGACGAGCCAAAACCAGCAUGAGUCCAGCUCAAGUAUUCCAUACUGGCUCAGUCGUCGCCCAGGAUAAUCAGGACUACGAUAGUCACUGUGCGCCCAG